GACGUAGUACACCAUAUGAAAAAUAAACAGGUGCUUGUUUUCUGCUAACACAAACGGGGUGCCGGUGCAGUUUCGGUUUGCUGGGAUCUAGGUAAUUUUAAUUCCUAAAGGAAAUGGAGGAGGACGCACGGCUACCUUUAUCACAGCGUUGUUGUACACUGUCGGUAUCACAUGGUAAGGAUGGAACAGAGAGCACAUGCUGUGGCCUCCUUAUCGACACCCGGCAUGGAACUGUCCUCACUCACGCAUCACUCUUGUCUCAGAUGUUAACGAGUAAUUCAUCUGUCCUAGACGAUUUGAAGCAGGAACAUUUCUCACAGUCAAAACAACUGUCCCAAUUCAAAAUUGAAGCCUUGUUUCAGGAAAGUCUUUCAGAGGAAAAUGACACGUUACAAUCUUCAAACAAUAAACUCAUGCCAAAUUUUCUGAAUAGUGGACUAAGUGGGGAUCCUGGAUAUGUACGAUAUAAUAGUUCUGUUGAGUGCAUUUUUCAAAGUUGGUCACUGAAACAAGUUCUUUCAAAGCUGUUACCUGCAGAAAGUUGGGACUUUGUGGAGAACUUUUCCGAAGUUGAUCAAGGAAAUGAAAAUCGAGAGAAAAAAAGCCCAAAUAGUCCAGAAUACUACAGCUUGCUUCCAUGUUUUCUAGUGUUGAAGUUAUGGAACUGGGAACCAUUUGAAAGCGUUCUACAUGUGCACUCGUCUGUGAACAGUCGCCAGGGAGACCAGGUAGAAAUUCAGUCUACCCCAUUUGGAAGUGUGAGUCCGGAGAUUUUCUUUAAUUCUCGUAGCCAAGGAAUCAUCAGUAAUCUAGCAGGGAAAAACAAUAUCCUGAUUCUGACUGAUGCCAGGUGCAUCCCCGGAGCUGAAGGUGGCGCCCUCUACUUCUGUGCUGGAAAACAACGGGUUCUGACAGGAAUCAUGAUAGCCACAUUGUGUUGGAAGAAUAACGAAUGGGUUGGACUUUCAUUAGCAGCAUCCUUGUCCGAGGUCCUUGACUGUCUGCAUGGCUUGCCAUUAAAGUUGUCCAACAACACAUAUCAAGCUAUCAACAGACACAACAUCCGAUGGACAGCAUCAAAGGUGAUCAAAUCUAUUCAAGCGAACACACCACUCAUAUCUGUGAGUGGUAACUGGGGCUCUGGUGUCUGUGUGGGGGACAACAAGCGAGGCGAUAGGAUAAUUCUCACCUGCAGUCAUGUUAUUGGCAAAGGUGACCCGACUUCAGUGGAGGUCCUGUACAAGGGUGUCAAGACAUCUCACCAAGCGGAUGUGGUCUACCGCGUUCCUAUGGGCCAGCAGUUUGACGUUGGAAUCCUGCUGGAGCGGCGAUCAACUACCCUCCAGCCCUGUAUUGAGAUCAGGAAGAAAAAGACACCCAGACAAGGAGAAGUGGUAUUUGUGAUAGGCCAUGCCUUGUUUGGAAGAGGAUAUGACAUUGAACCCACUGUAACUAAAGGGAUUGUGUCAAAGGUCAUCAGGGUCAGAAAUCACCCAGUCAUGAUACAGACUACAUGUGCGGUACACGCCGGGGCCAGUGGUGGGGCUGUGGUAGACACAGAGGGUAGGCUAGUCGGUCUCGUCGUCUGUAAUGCAAGAGACACAGCAACAGGAGCCAGCUAUCCCCAUAUCAAUAUGAGUGUUCCCAUAGCAACCAUCAGUCCAGUGUUGGACUCGUACAUGGAGUCAGGGGAUAAAUCAGUUCUACGGUCCCUGUGUGUCAGAGAUCCUUACAUACAUAGCCUAUGGACAAUGGAGAAGUUUCAACAAGGUGCCCAAGUCUUCUCCAGCAAGUUGUGAUACACAAACAUUUGUGAAGAUUCAGAUGUGCCAAUAUUUAUAAACAAUAAACUUGUAUCGGUCAGAUUUGUCCACUGAAAGGCCGUAAUAGUGGACGUUAAACCUGCUAAUAAUAAUCAGAACAACAGACCUGGGUCAAUGUGUUAACCAUCAGGUUAUUUAAAGCAUUCCAGGACUAAGAAAGUGAUUUUUAAACCCCACCCACCAGAUAAUAUAUUGGUUGUCUUGGCAUGUUGCAAGACUAAUUGUGCACGCAUAUUGAAUUUUGGAAGACUUUGUUUUUUAUAGUCAGUGCAAUAGUCAUUUUACAUUUGUCAGUUGAAUCAAUGCCACACAUCCUUGUCCAUCUUGGGUAACAGUUUGUAGUCUGAUUAGCAGCCUGUUUUUACUAUGAAAUUUUCUAUUGAAUGCAAUGAAGAUAAUAAAAACACUAAACAGAUUCA